AUGCCAUUUGAACUUGACUACACAGGACCUACUGACUCGGUCAAGAAGUUUCUACCUUCAAACUCUAAACACGAAGUCUUGUUCAGAGGAGUGCAUAUCGAACCAAAGAAAGUGACAGUACCUGAAGAUCUCCACAUAUUCGUUUGUAAAAAAGGUAACAUUUUUAAUUUUAUGAGUGUAUAAUUGAAAAUUGUUCGUUUUUUAGAAAAUGAAACUAGUUACACAGUGGAAUCAGAAGCCAACGAACUUACAGUAUGGAACAUUGCGGGUGAAAGUUGUUUCGAAAAUCACGUCGAAUCAGCUUUGAAGUAUGUCAAGAUCGUGGCUGCUUGUGCUGCUGAAGACUAA